CGGUGGUUUAAAGAUGGCGGCAGCGGCGGCGGCGGCGUUGGGGGCGCGGAGUCGCGGGAGGAGGAGGGAAAAGGAGAAUCUGUGAGUCGCCUAGAGGCAGCGAGGCGGCUGCUGUGAGGAGUCCGGGUGCGGAGCUGCCCGCAGGGCCGGGGCCCGGGCCUGUGCUGGGAAGGAGAGGCCGGAGCAGCGCCAGGAGUCCGAGGCCGGAGCCUGAGAGGAAUGUGACCAGGGGUCGGCGGGGGCGCGGGAGUACGCGAGCACAGGGAUGGGGCAGCAGGUGGGCCGCGUCGGGGAGGCUCCGGGGCUCCAGCAGCCUCAGCCCCGCGGGAUCCGGGGCAGCAAUGCAGCCAGGCCCUCCGGCCGCAGGCGGGACCUGGCGGGGCGCACCACAGAGACCGGCUUCAAUAUCUUCACCCAGCAUGAUCACUUUGCCAGCUGUGUGGAGGAUGGCUUUGAGGGAGACAAGACUGGAGGCAGUAGUCCAGAAGCCUUGCAUCGCCCCUACAGUUGUGAUGUGGAACCCCAGGCACUGAAUGAAGCUAUCAGGUGGAGCUCCAAGGAGAACUUGCUUGGAGCCACUGAGAGUGACCCUAAUCUCUUCGUUGCACUUUAUGAUUUUGUAGCAAGUGGUGAUAACACACUCAGCAUCACUAAAGGUGAAAAGCUACGAGUCCUUGGUUACAACCAGAAUGGUGAGUGGAGUGAAGUUCGCUCUAAGAAUGGACAGGGUUGGGUGCCAAGCAACUACAUCACCCCAGUGAACAGCCUGGAAAAACAUUCCUGGUACCAUGGACCUGUGUCACGCAGUGCAGCAGAGUAUCUGCUCAGCAGUCUUAUCAAUGGUAGUUUCCUGGUGCGAGAAAGUGAGAGCAGCCCUGGGCAGCUAUCAAUCUCACUCAGGUACGAGGGGCGUGUGUAUCACUACAGGAUCAAUACCACCACAGAUGGCAAGGUAUAUGUGACUGCUGAGAGUCGCUUCAGCACCUUGGCAGAGCUUGUUCACCAUCACUCCACAGUGGCUGAUGGGCUGGUGACAACAUUACACUACCCAGCACCCAAGUGUAAUAAGCCUACAGUCUAUGGUGUGUCCCCCAUCCAUGACAAAUGGGAAAUGGAACGAACAGAUAUUACCAUGAAGCACAAACUUGGGGGCGGUCAGUAUGGAGAGGUUUACGUUGGCGUCUGGAAGAAGUACAGCCUUACGGUUGCCGUGAAAACGCUGAAGGAAGAUACCAUGGAGGUGGAGGAGUUCCUAAAAGAAGCUGCAGUGAUGAAGGAAAUCAAACAUCCGAAUCUGGUACAACUAUUAGGUGUGUGUACUUUGGAGCCACCAUUUUACAUUGUGACUGAAUAUAUGCCGUAUGGGAACCUGCUUGAUUAUCUCCGAGAAUGCAACCGAGAAGAGGUGACUGCAGUUGUGCUGCUCUACAUGGCCACUCAGAUCUCUUCUGCAAUGGAGUAUUUAGAGAAGAAGAAUUUCAUCCAUAGAGAUCUUGCAGCUCGUAACUGCCUAGUGGGAGAAAACCAUGUGGUAAAAGUGGCUGACUUUGGUUUGAGUAGAUUGAUGACUGGAGACACCUAUACUGCUCAUGCUGGAGCCAAAUUUCCUAUUAAGUGGACAGCACCAGAAAGUCUUGCCUAUAAUACGUUCUCAAUUAAAUCUGAUGUCUGGGCUUUUGGGGUACUGUUGUGGGAAAUUGCUACGUAUGGAAUGUCACCAUAUCCAGGUAUUGACCUGUCUCAGGUCUAUGAUCUGCUGGAAAAAGGAUAUCGAAUGGAACAGCCUGAGGGAUGCCCCCCUAAGGUUUAUGAACUUAUGAGAGCAUGCUGGAAGUGGAGCCCUGCUGAUAGGCCCUCUUUUGCCGAAACGCAUCAAGCUUUUGAAACCAUGUUCCAUGACUCCAGCAUUUCUGAAGAGGUAGCUGAGGAGCUUGGGAGAGCAGCCUCGUCAUCGUCUGUCGUUCCAUAUCUGCCCCGGUUACCUAUGCUUCCUUCUAAGACUCGGACACUGAAGAAACAGCUGGAGAACAAGGAGAACAUUGAAGGGUUACAAGAUGCCACAGAAAACUCUGCUUCCAAUUCAGCACCAGGGUUCAUUAGAAGUGCACAGGCCUCCAGUGAGUCCCCAGCACUGCCUCGAAAGCAAAGAGACAAGUCACCCAGCAGCCUCUUGGAAGAUGCCAAAGAGACAUGCUUCACCAGGGAUAGGAAGGGAGGCUUCUUCAGCUCAUUCAUGAAAAAGAGAAAUGCUCCCACACCCCCCAAACGCAGCAGCUCCUUCCGAGAAAUGGAGAAUCAGCCCCACAAGAAAUAUGAACUCACGGGUAACUUCUCCUCUGUUGCUUCUCUACAGCAUGCUGAUGGGUUCUCUUUCACUCCUGCCCAGCAAGAGGCGAAUCUGGUGCCAGCCAAGUGCUAUGGGGGGAGCUUUGCACAGAGGAAUCUCUGUAAUGACGAUGGUGGUGGGGGUGGGGGCAGUGGCACUGCUGGGGGUGGGUGGUCUGGCCUCACAGGCUUCUUUACGCCACGCUUAAUCAAAAAGACACUGGGCUUACGAGCAGGUAAACCCACAGCCAGUGAUGACACUUCCAAGCCUUUUCCAAGGUCAAACUCUACAUCUUCCAUGUCCUCAGGGCUUCCAGAGCAGGAUAGAAUGGCAAUGACCCUUCCCAGGAACUGCCAGAGGUCCAAACUCCAGCUGGAAAGGACAGUGUCCACCUCUUCUCAGCCAGAAGAGAAUGUGGACAGGGCCAAUGACAUGCUUCCAAAAAAAUCAGAGGAAGGUGCUGCUCCAACCAGGGAGAGACCAAAAGCCAAACUAUUGCCCAGAGGAGCCCCAGCUCUUCCUCUCAGAAACCCCUCUGGGGAUCCAGCCAUUACCGAGAAGGACUCUGCAGGGGUGGGAGUGGCUGGAGUGGCAGCUGUUCCCAAGGGCAAGGAGAGGAAUGGUGGGGCACGACUUGGAAUGGCUGGAGUCCCAGAGGACAGAGAGCAGCCAGGCUGGUCUUCUCCAGCCAAGGCUGUAGCAGUCCUCCCAACCACUCACAACCACAAAGUGCCCGUCCUUAUCUCACCCACUCUGAAACACACUCCAGCUGACGUGCAGCUUAUUGGCACAGACUCUCAGGGGAAUAAAUUCAAGCUUUUAUCUGAGCAUCAGGUCACAUCCUCUGGAGACAAGGAUCGGCCCAGACGGGUAAAACCAAAGUGUGCCCCACCCCCCCCACCAGUGAUGAGACUACUGCAGCAUCCGUCCGUAUGUUCAGACCCUACAGAAGAGCCGACUGCCCCAACUGCAGGACAGCCCACGUCAGAAACGCAGGAAGGAGGGAAGAAGGCAGCUCCAGGGGCAGUGCCCGUCAGUGGGAAAGCUGGGAGGCCUGUGAUGCUUCCGCCUCAAGUGCCUCUGCCCACAUCUUCCAUCUCGCCAGCCAAAAUGGCCAAUGGCACAGCAGGUACUAAAGUGGCUCUGAGAAAAACUAAACAGGCAGCUGAGAAAAUCUCAGCAGACAAAAUCAGCAAAGAGGCCCUGUUGGAAUGUGCUGACCUACUGUCCAGUGCAAUCACGGAACCUGUGCCCAACAGCCAGCUGGUAGACACUGGACACCAGCUGCUCGACUACUGCUCAGGCUACGUGGACUGCAUCCCUCAAACUCGCAACAAAUUUGCCUUCCGCGAGGCCGUGAGCAAACUGGAACUCAGCCUACAGGAGCUACAGGUGUCUUCAGCAGCUGCUGGUGUGCCCGGGGCAAACCCUGUCCUUAAUAACCUACUGUCAUGUGUACAGGAAAUCAGUGAUGUCGUGCAGAGGUAGCCACUGUUGGCCUAGUGGGAAGAUGCACACGUUUCUGAGGGGAGAGGGAAAGGGACUUGUUUUCCUGUGUUCUUGUUUUCAGAUAAUGAAAGACUGAUACUUGAGUGUGUUUAUGUUAAGUACGUCAGAUCCCUGAGUUCUCACGUUUACAGGUUCAUCUCAAAAAGAACAAAAGCAAACCACGUAAGUAUAUAGGAGAGGCGAAUUAGGUGGGGGCGAGGCAGUAGUGGACAGGGUUGGAAACUGCAUUGGAGAAUCGGAGAACAUGUGUGUGUCAUAAAGAAAGAAAUGCAGCCCAUCCCUACCUGGAAUGAUGUGAAGUGCUAGACAGGGCCACUCCCAGCAAGGCUUCAGGGACUGUGCCCGGACAGUGGAUUGCCACUCAUUCUGCACCACGGGAAAGGGAAUGGACUGGGGCUCUGGUAGGUGCUCAUGAUGAUUGUGCUCCAGGUUACCUAACGAAUUUGGUGGGACAGAAAAAAGGAAAGCUGGGAAUGUACCAGAAGAGGUUGUAUUCCAGGCAGUUGGAAGCAGCUGUUAGCCUUGCUUCCACAAGGUCAUUGCUGCUGAAAUAACUGCAAAUCAAAGUGCUAGAAAACAACUGGAAAGUGUGGCUCUAUGUGUAUGCUCUUGUCCUAUUUUCCAUUGGUGUAUUAGUUGGUGCAGGAAGUAAAGAAUGCUGAGGAGUUUAGUCAGGGAGAUUGAAACUUCCUCCUGAAUCUUAUAUUGAUUAGCAGAAGUCACUUCUCCCGGUCUAGUAUAUUAUUUCCUAGUGGACCAGGAUCAGCUUCCUGCUUCUUGGUGGCUGUCUGUAAACCAUAGUAUAGGGAGGCCUCCUUAGUGGUUCUUCUUUGUCCCUUGCUGGGCAGGCUGUUUCCUUUAUUUCUGGCAGCAUUCAUUGCAUUAACUGACAUUAAUUUUGAAAAUAGUGGUCCCUGCAGGUUCUUACCGGGGAAUGAAUCCUUUUCUGAUACAGUGCCCAUGCAUGCUGGCAUAUUGGCCAGUGACUCAAGCAGUUGUAUGUUUCUUUAUCAGCUAAAAUACCAAGGAGAUGGUCUUUCCUUGAAACCUAAUAGCCAGGCCCAGAGCCCUGUGACUGAGAGGAGAAGCUGGCCUCAUACUGAUUGGUGUUUCUCUGUAUCUUCCCCUUCCUUAUCACCUUGAGCCCCAUCUAGGUAGAGAGUAGGGAGAGGCAUUCUCUCUCUCUCUCUCUCUCUGUGGAUUUGAAGUGAAUUACCCCAAAAUGAUUCUCACGUGCUUUUCUCCUCUCACAUAUUCCCUCUCCCACCCCCCAUCCAAUCAUUGUGCUUAUUUUUGCAGAUCUUGUUGGGAAUAUUCUUUAUUUUGCCAUUUCACCUCUAUUUUAAGAAUGCAUAAUUGAAGGAGUAGGUCAUUUUCAGGAAGCACCAGUUAGACCCUGGAAACCUAAUAACUUAACCACCAAAUAUGUUUUGCCCUUGAAAAAUAGGCCUUUUCCUUCCUUCCUCAUUUAUUAUUAUGGAAGCUAAACUAGGAUCACACAGAAGUGAAUCUAAUGGGUUAGAUAUUAUUAAUGUUUUUGGUAUUAGGUCUAAUUUCAAUUACUGCUUCAUGAACACUUUAAAACUUUAUGAACACUUCCCCCUCUCUCCCCAAGAAAAACCCAAUACAUAAUAUAUUUUUUUCCCUCAAAGGAAUAUUAGCUUAGGAAGACAGGAAUUCAGCGUCGAGCAAUGAGUUUUCUUCUUGGCUCUGUCAUGAUCCACUGUCAAGCCACAGCCCCAUCUCUUAAGCUAGUAAAUAAAGGUAAUAGUACAUGUUUUUUAAGGUGUUUUGCAAAUAAGUGUAUAGUUAUCCCUUUGAGAGUCUCUGGAAAGCUCUUUAGUGCAGUGUUGUUAUGUUGAAUUGUUUUUCAUUCUCUUCUUUGAUGAGUACCAGAUAUUAGUAAAGUUUAAAACUGCUGAGAUUAUAUUAAUUGGGCUAGCAUACUAUGGGGGAAGCUAUGUUUUGAAUAGAGUUUGGCAUUUUUGACCAAGCAGGAAAUUGAGUUUUCAUUAGAAAGAAAGGAAACCUUGAUUCUUACUGCUGCUCCAAAAGAGGCCCAGGUUAAGAGAAGGAUUAGAAGAGAGCAGACAGUACUGGGCAUUCCUGGCAGAUGUUGGGCGAUUUCUGCCAGUGUGUUACCUCCAGCUUCAGCACAGGGAAUUAGUGAUCAGGUGAAUUUCCUUGUAGUGGUUGGAAGAGAACUUGGAUUUAAAAACCCACAAUCAUCCCACCUUCCCUGCCACUCCCCUCAUCAUACAUGUCCAUAAACUUGAAUUCGUUUUAGCAGUUAGCCUUUUAAGGGUGGGGAGGGGACAGCUAAAACUGUAGAAUAUUAUUAUGCUGCUUUUUAAGUUUAUCCCUGUCAUUGUGGGAUGCAAGUUAAGGGAUUAUAAUUAUUUUUUAGGAGUACUUUUUUAAUUUUUUUUUUUUUUAAAGCAAGUGCUCCAUUUUUCCUCAAGAGUUCUGAAAAUAAGCAUUGGAGAAACACUACUGAGUAUAUUUAAGCUCCCUGGUUUUCUCACUGAACAGUAAUCUUAAGGGUAGGGGGUGGGGGCUGUGUCUUACUCAGGGGGCAGCACCUAGCUCUGUCUUGCCUACAGUAGGUGCUCAAUACAUACAUUAAAUUGAUUUUUGUUAACACUGUCAGGAGUAGCAUUGACUAUUGUAGCACACCCCAUCAACAUGAUGCUUGAACCGUGUAAUUUCAGGGGUUGAGGGCUCAGGGUUCAGGUUAAAGAGGCACUGUCAACUUACUAUCAAGUAUAAUGUAGGUUUUUCCUUCUACUUAAAAAAACCUCAUGUAAAUUAAAAGGUUUGAAUCCAAAGCAGAGAAAACUACUUCUAGAAACUAAAAAUAUAGUUUAAUUUUAUCUAGUCUAAAAGCAAAGCAAAUAGCAAGAGAACAGUCCCUUGUAUAAGAUAUUGACAAUUUUUCUAAAGUGGUUAAACUGUAUAUAUGUGUGUGUGUACACACACGCAUGCCUUUGGGCUGCCACAGCUUGAUUCCUUUCAUAUACAGGUAAUAUGAUUCCAGUGUAGACUUCCUACCUUAAAAUGCAGUGUUUUGUGUUGAAUACAUCUAAAGUAUUUUCUUAAAAGGCUUUGUGUAAAAUUGUGUAUAUUCUCCUGCAGACUUCCAUCGUGAUUUUCAGAGAUAUAGCCUUAAAAAAAUUUGACCGUAAGAAAUUCAUUCAGUGUUUUUCUACAUGACCUCUGUACAUAGAGGUCAUUAUAGUGGAGACCCUUUACUAGUAGCAUUUUAAGGUUUAAAGUAGAAAUUUAUCUUACAAUUCAAUUAAAUGUUUGCUAGCAAAAUAGUUAAUAAAACAUGCUGACUUUGCUAAGGCACAGCCCAUGUUUAUUUAACUAAAGUCACGGAGCUGUUGAGUUUAAGAGAUGCGAUAUAGAUAGUGGUUUACAGGCUCUAAUGCCAGUCUAGAAGGCAAGUCAUUUAACCUUCCUGAGCCUCUGUUUCCUCAUAGUAAAACAGGGAUAGAGUAGUAACUGUCUCAGUAUUGCUGUAAGGAUUAAAUAAGGUAAUGUUUGUAGGAGACUUAAGCUCAAGUGCCUGGCACACAGUGAGCACUCCAUACAUGUUAACUAUUAGUAUUAUCAUUAACACCUAGUCCAGGGAUGUACAACAGAAUCCCCGAGGUGGAGUUCAAAAAAUAAUGAAUUAGCCUUACUCCAGAUCAGAAUUCCCAGUGGGGUAGGGUCUCAGCUGAUGUAUUUUCCAAUAAUCUGUCCAGGUCUUUCAGACACCCAGUGCCAUCUGAAAACUGUCAAUACCCCAACCCAUUUAUCUGCAGAUUAGGAAACUAGAGGAGGGGAUCGUUAAGUUACUUGCCCAUUAUCUCAGAACAGUUAGCUAGUGGCAGAGCCAAGGCUAGAAUUCGGGUCUCCUGACUUUAUGGUUGUGGGGUCUUUCCCCCAUACCUGCUGCCUUGUGAGACACUGCAAAAAAGUAGCUCAGAUUGACAAUCAGCCCACAUUGGCGCUGCACACUUUCUAAAGCACAUGCUCCGGGCACUGACCUUAAGGGGCUUGCAUGUUGAAUAAUUUGAACACGAGUAAAGCAAGCAUUCUGUGGAACUCAAUAAUUAAAAUUAUAUGGGGUCAUUCUUUUGGACAGACCUCAGCAACACAGCAAUGUGCACUUUGUAGUAGAGAAAUACCAACUUCAGUUUAAGAAAAAAAAAAAAAACUAGUCCUAACAUUCCUUUUUCUUAAAAAAAUUUUAUUCUGUAUCAUUUUAAUGACUAUGAGAUAAUGUAUAUGAAAGCACUUUGAGAAAGUAUCAAAUGUAGUCUAACUAUAAGGUUGUAUUAUUAAUGUCUGUUUAGAAGAUAAAAGAGAUGAUUAGAUGCUAAUUGACCUGAAGACUUAUUUGUGGGGGACCUGAAAAUGCAGAUAUAUAAUUACCUCUGUAAUUUAUCACAUUUAUAAAUAUGAAACUGGUAAAUGAACAUGUGCAGGUAUAAUAAGUGUUUUGCUGCAACUAAAGUUGUAAUUCAGAGGUAAGUAACUUCAGAAAACUAGGGACCAACUUUUUGGUUAACUUUGAUCUUUAAAAAGUAGUAAUGUGUAAUGUUCUCCAGAAUACAGAAGCUCUUCCAGGGACCUCAAGAAGAAUGAGGCCCUCUUACUCUGGAACAUUUGUUCGUUUGUCCCCUACAUGUUCAGCCAUUUCUUAUCCUAAAUGUGGUGGGAGCAGACUCAUUACCUAUUGCUGUUGACAGUGUCUUUUUAAACCUAUGUCCUGUGUGGUUUUGUUGGGGUUGUUGUUGGGGGGCAGGGUGGGGGACAGAGGUUGCUGGACAGCCGUAGAGCCAGUGCACUUUGGGAAUUACUUUUUAGGAUUUCCUACCAGUUAUAAAUGGCAUUGUCAUUUAUUGUCUAUCUUUAUUUUUUUUAAUAAAAAGAGUAGCUGAACUUAAUUCACCUAUUGGAUUAUAAAAUACUCAAGAGUAAAUUGCAUUGGUGUCCACUUUGGAGUUAUAGCUAUACAUCAUUCUGACUUCCCCCGCUCCCUUCUGUUUUUGCUACUGAUGUCAUUGUUAUUAUCAGGCUGUGUCCCUAUAAGGGUUCAUAUUGGGUUGACAGGGUUAUCUGUAUUUUUGUUCUUGAUGAUUUUUGAGUUUCAUCAUCUUGCUUGCAUUAACUUGCUCCACCUGGAUUUGGGGUUCGUCUCUGUGCCCUAAGUAUCUGUUAUGGUCAGUCCUCUUUAUAAGGUAGGUAGGUCUCUGGGCUUAAGUUUCCUCUCUUGAAGUACUCAUAGAUUCCAGCUGUUUGUGUAUCUCUCCCUUAGCCUCUGUCAAGGCAGUAGCUCAGUUCCUUUGUACAUGCCUCCUUCAGUUGGGGAUAUGUGGGAAGGUGAGAGAACUAGAGAAAGGAAGCUCCAAGGGAGAUUGUAUCUUUCUGCCACAAGCUGACAAAGGCAGCCCAAGGGCACCUGUGAUAAGCCAGGGUAAGUGCUGCAAGCCAUAGCCUCUAGUGAGAGAACAGAGGCCUCAGGCUGGUCUGAAACUUUUCCUACUCUUAGCAGUCAGGAUAUCUGCAUUGUUUUGAUAAAGUUCCAGUUUUCCAACUAUUAGACUUUAAAAAAAUCUAAUACAAGGCUUGCUUUUUUUUGGCAAGCCAGUAAUGCCUGGGGUAACAGUUACUGUUCCCUGCUCUGUUUAGCACAGCUGCAGCUCGCCUAGACUAUUCGCCAUCCCCUCUGCUUCUCUGUUACUGGGGAGGCGUGGGUAAGUGGGUUUCUGGAUGAGCUGCAUCCUGCUCCAGAGCAUUCAUCCAGGUAACUCUCUUAGCUCCAGCCUAUCUUUUGUGAAGUUUAUUUUAAUGUCCAGAAGGAUGCGUUUCUGUUCUGGGGCUGCUGCUUUUCAUGCUGCCCACCUGAGAUAUAUGUUCUGUCUGGAGUGUAUGCAAGAUGAUACCUUCAUUUCUGACUCAAUAUCCUAGAUCCACAGGACAGGAAAUGAGGGAAGGCUUCACCCUGCAUCAUCGGUGUGAGAUCUCUUACUUCAACCCAGGUAUGGAGGCCUGUGGCAUGUCAUCUUAGUUCCAAGCUGGCUUGGAGUGGCAGAGGUCAUCCCUGGAGAUUUGUACCUUCAAAGAUGGGUUUCAUGAGUCUUGCGGAGGAAAAGACACAUCAGCUGGGUUAAUUUUGCAUGAUCAUUGAACUAGAACUGGUAGAAAUGAGCUUCGUGGAUGGCUGAAGCUCAAAGGCCUCAUCGGUGAGAAUUCCCCCACUUUAAAUGUUUUCCCCUCGUGGCGUGCUGAUUUGGCAGGUUGAUGUUCUUCGUCCGACUUGGUGAGCUGGGGGAGGAUGCUGUCACUGAAUCCUUCCCUCCAAUUGCACUUGCUUCUUUGCUCCCAUGUACAGUGUGUACAAUUAUAAAUUUGAAAUUGUUCACCUCUCCUAGAAAAAUUAUGUAUCUUUUAAUCUCCCCAUUUUUGGGUAACCUGAACACAGUAGCAAAGCCCUGUCAACUCAGCCAGAGGUAGCAGAUAGCAUGCUGAGUGGGUCUUCAAACCUGCAGACUAUUCAAGGUCUUUAAAGCCUAAAGGCUGGGCACAGCAGUGUCCUUAGACUGCACCAUAUGUGGAGAAGAAUUGUGAUACAUGCACUCUGUCUGUUCUGUGAGAUUCUUUGUUCAUCCUUGUACUCGCAACAGCAGAUUUUGGGGUCCUACGUGACACUCCACUUUUCCACAAGGCUUGAGGUCUCUGAGCAUGCCACUUAACCCUCUAGUACAUGCUGGAGGUGAACUAUCAAAUGCUAGAGGCUUUACAGGGAGUUUGUAUAGUCGGAACUAGUCUCAGACUAGGAGUUUUAAAUUGUGUAAUUAGGCAUCAUAAAAUUUAGUUGAAGAAUGGGACGUGUGGUUAAUAAAAUUUUUAAAUAUAUAGAUACUUAAUUUUCAACAAUUAUAAUAAUAAAAAAGAUAUAAAGGUAUGCCAAAUAAAUUUAUUCUUGUUUUGAAAGAUACUGCAGGACCCUGCAGUACAUUAAGGUCAUCAGUAGUAAAUCCCAAAUACUGUUCUGUACAGUUCAGAAGUAUUGUACCAAGUAUUGUGAGUAGCAAGAAUGCCAGGAGACAGAGAUGCUUGUGGUAGGUGAGGGUCAAACUAGCUUUCUUCCAUUUGACAGCCAUUUCUCACUGUGGACACUCAGACUCAUUAAAGAGGAAUUUUCUGAGAUCUUGAGAAAUCAUCUUGAUUAAGCUGAUUGUCCUUCAGGGCACUUAGUAUUCAGAAACUAGAAAGGACAAUGAGGUACUCAUUUUAUAGUUUUGGGCAUAUAUUUGAAAGCCCUCACAUCUCAGAUCUGUAUAGAGGGUACAUGUUUACAUCCAUAACCGCACGCACAUGCACUGUCGUCGUGCCCAUAACACAAGGGGGAGUAAGUGAAAGCGGAGUCAGUUCCCUCGUGGCGUAUGGUGACCAGAAGCAGUAGUGUGGUUGAUAAGCUGGCCGUGCACAGGCUGAGCUGUUGGCACACACUCAGAAACCCCAUCUCCCUCGUAGACCUCACACUUUUCCUUCUUUAAAAUCUAACUCUCUAAUGACUAUCAGUGGAGAAACCCCAAUUUUAUUAAAGCUCACCUAAAAAUGUUUGAACAUUUCAUGGUGGUUGACAGAACUUUGUCCUAAAGCAUAGUGAUUCAGAUUCUUUACAACUCGUUUAACGUUUAUACCAAAGGUCACGCACUGCAGGUGUAUGCGUCGUACACAGAGAGGUGAGGCCUGGUGCGUCGGGCACUGUGUGCAUUGCUAAGGGGACAAUGUGGGAUUUAACUGAAAAUGUGUCAAUCAUGGGUCACACUACUAGUGUUGUCAGGUAUUUGUUCUUAAUGUUAUUGUAAUAUAUUUUCAGUUUUGUUUUUCUAAUUUAAUUCUCUCACUCUGUUGUCUGACUGUGAACUGCUAACAGUGUUAAACUUGAUGUAAAUAAAUGAGGCCCUUGAAAGGGA